UUUUAUAAGAAACAAAAUAAAACCCUCCCACACAAAGAUCUCACCGACGAUUUUGAUUUAUCUCGUUCUCAGGCCGUCCUCAUCGCCGGAAUACGAGAACGAUGGGCUUCUGGACACUAUUAAAAGGUCUGCUGCUCUUUGCGAAUGCACUGGCGAUCCUAAACGAAGACCGUUUCCUUGUUCCAAGAGGAUGGACGCUAGUAGAACUCCACCAUACCGGUAGAAGAAACUCGCCCAAAGGCCAAAUCAUCGGUCUAAUCCAUGCCUGCCAGUACAUGAGACUCCCACUCAUGCUCAUUAACACAGCAGUCAUCGUAAUGAAGCUUAUCUUCAGUUGAAGAUUUUUUUUGUAGAUGAAGAUAUAAACUAUACUGUGUUCUUUAACUCAUCGUGAUUAGUUACAAAUCUAUUAUUGAAUAUGUAGGAAGUGGAUUUUUUUUUUU